AUGUCAUCACCAAAAAUCUUUGUCAUUGGUAACCCAUUACUCGAUAUUUCAUCCCAUGUCGAUAUGGAACUCCUCAACAAAUAUGAGUUAACCCUCAACAAUGCUAUUUUAGCUGAAGAUAAACAUUUACCACUCUACAAAGAAUUAGUUGAAAACAACAAAGUUGAAUACAUCCCAGGUGGUGCUGCUCAAAAUACUGCCCGUGUUGCUCAAUGGAUGUUAAAAGACAAACAAACUGUUGUUUAUUCAGGUUGUGUUGGUAAUGAUGAAAACGCCCAAAUUUUAAAGAGCAACACUGAAGCCAAUGGUGUCGUUACUAAAUAUUUAGUUAAUGCUGAAAAACCAACUGGUGCUUGUGCUGUUCUCAUCAACUCAAAAGAAAGAUCAAUGUGUACUAAUUUAGGUGCUGCCAACGAAUUCAAAAUUGCUCACUUAGAAACUGAAGAAAUGCAAUCAAUCAUCAAAUCAGUUGAAUAUUUCUAUAUGGCCGGUUAUUUCUUAACUGUCUCACCAGAUAGUGCUCAAAUGUUAGCCAAACACGCCGCUGAUAACAACAAAACUUUCCUUUAUGGUUUAGCUGCUCCAUUCUUAAUUGAAGUUCCAUUCUUCUUUGAAAGAGUUUCAGCCCUCCUUCCAUACGUUGAUAUUGUUUUCGCCAACGAAAAUGAAGCCGUCGUUCUCGGUCGUAAGAUGAACUGGGGUGAAGAUAUCGCUGUUAUUGCUGAAAAACUCGCUGCUUGGGAAAAAGUUAACACCAAACGUUCACGUACCGUCAUUUUCACUCAAGGUCCAGAAUCAACCAUUGUUUUCCAAGAUGGUAAAUUAUCUCAAUUCAAACCAGUUAAAGUUGCUUCAGAAGAAAUCGUUGAUUUAAACGCUGCUGGUGAUUCAUUCUGUGGUGGUUUCUUAGCUGCUUAUUCACAAGGUAAAGAUAUCGAAACUUCAGUUAACGCUGGUCACUAUGGUGCUUGGGAAAUCAUCAGACAAAACGGUUGUUCAUUCCCAAACAAACAACCAGAUACCCAAUUCUAA